AUGCCCACGGAACUCUCCCGGGCCGUGAGAAUGCACGCCAUCUCCGACCUCCACUCCUCCCUCACUCUGCGACUCCUCAACAAGGGUCCCGAGUACCUCCGCAGGCAACUGGAGGCUGGCAGCCCGGGCAGGAAGAGUGCCGUGGAGAGGCUGGCAGCCGAUAAGGCCAAGUACGUAAAAAGUCAGCAGGUCAUCAGCACCAAGCAGGAACCCGUCAUCGUGCUCAGCUCGGCCUCGGAGAGCAGCAGCGAGACCUGUUCGGUGGAGAGCAAAAAAAUCAGCAGGGACUUCGGCAGAGGGAAAGGCGCGAAGCCCCUGGAUCUGGCUAAGGCGGUGUACUCCUGCCGUGCCCCCUCCAUAGCCAGGCGCAGCACCCCCAAGAGGCAGAUGCGGCCGGAUUCCCUGGUGAUUUACCGCCAGAAAUGCGAGUUUGGGAGAGGUCAAAGCCAGGACACCUCACGGGGGAGUUUGGUGAGGAGGAUCUUCCAAGGGUCUGUAAAGGAGAAGCAGCUGGCUCCCCCUGAGAUGCCCAGAGUCAUGGAGGACACCGUAGCCACCGAGAGCAAAGAGCUUCUCUCGGCACCAAACAGUGAUCAUGAGCCAAGCAACCAUGGAGUAGAGCAAACCAUCGCUGUAAGCACCAAAACCCCAGGGAUAUGUACAAAAGAGCAUGAGAGUCCCUCAAAACUGAGUAUACCUCCUGAGGAGGUCAAGGAGGUGAAGAGGAGAGGUCUCCAUCGCUCUCAGUCAGACAUCAGCUCUCGCUACUCCAAAUCCUUCUCCGAGUUUGAUACAUUUUUCAAGUACUGUGGCCUGGAGCAGGAGGUCAUUGAGGAUAUCGGGAGAGAGAACUUCUCCGUGGUGUCCGACAAUGUCUCCUUCAAGAUCCGCAGCAUCAGUGUGGCAACGUCCGAGAGCGACUUCACGCGACACAGCGGGGACGAGGGGCUGCUGGAGGAUGAACUCACAGAACAGGUCCCGAGCAGCACAUCCGUGAUUGAGCGCAACGCUCGAAUAAUCAAAUGGCUGUACACGUGUAAGAAAGCCAAGGAGUCUAACAAGGUGAUCCAGGAACUGGCGUGA